AUGUCACCAGUCCAGUAUCUCACCAGUCCAGUAUCUCACAAGUCCAUUAUCUCACCAGUCCAGUAUCUCACCAGUCCAGUUUCUCACCAGUCCAGUAUCUCACCAGUUCAGUAUGUCACCGGUACAGUAUGUCACCAGUCCGGUAUCUCACCAGUCCAGUAUCUCACAAGUCCAUUAUCUCACCAGUCCAGUAUCUCACCAGUCCAGUUUCUCACCAGUCCAGUAUCUCACCAGUUCAGCAUGUCACCGGUACAGUAUGUCACCAGUCCAGUAUCUCACCAGUCCAGUAUCUCACAAGUCCAUUAUCUCACCAGUCCAGUAUGUCACCAGUCCAGUAUCUCACCAGUUCAGUAUGUCACCAGUACAGUAUGUCACCAGUCCAGUAUCUCACCAGUCCAGUAUCUCACCGGUCCAGUAUCUCACAAGUCCAGUAUCUCACCAGUUCAGUAUCUCACAAGUCCAUUAUCUCACCAGUUCAGUAUGUCACCAGUCCAGUAUCUCACCAGUCCAGUAUCUCACAAGUCCAUUAUCUCACCAGUCCAGUAUCUCACCAGUCCAGUUUCUCACCAGUCCAGUAUCUCACCAGUUCAGUAUGUCACCGGUACAGUAUGUCACCAGUCCAGUAUCUCACCAGUCCAUUAUCUCACCAGUCCAGUAUGUCACCAGUCCAGUAUCUCACCAGUUCAGUAUGUCACCAGUACAGUAUGUCACCAGUCCAGUAUCUCACCAGUCCAGUAUCUCACCAGUCCAGUAUCUCACAAGUCCAGUAUCUCACCAGUCCAGUAUCUCACCAGUCCAUUAUCUCACCAGUCCAGUUUAUCACCAGUCCAGUUUCUCAGCUAUGUCAUGUUCAUAUCGUUUUAUAUGGAUGACGCAGUUAUUUAA